CUGCACGUUGGUGCCUGUGUAUGCGUGUCUUCUUUGUGGCAUCGCACGUCAACUACACUGAACGCCGACACCAUGACGGCCACGUUCAACGCCGUCUUCAACCUGGUCUACAUGCUCGAGAGCCACUGGGCCUUCGGCGAAGGGUACUGCGUAUUCAGCAACUUCGUGGCCAACUUGACCGUAUCGUCUUCGGGUCUUCACCAUGGCAGCCAUGAGCAUCGACAGCGGGCUUCGAACGCCCAGUUUUCUCUCCGGCUGCCUGAGCGCCACAAGGACCCCAGCAGGUCUCGCCACGUCUUCCAGCGCAAGUACCACCGUGACGCCAUGCUGGCCUGCCUUCUGGGAUCAGCAGGAGCAGCAGGCGGCAACCCCCGCAUGCUACCGUGUUUCUGGCUCCGGCACGAAAGACUCUGCCCCUGCCGAGUGAUGAAGUGCCACGCAAGGAUGACAAAGGGCCUGUUUUGUGCUGUUACGGUGCCAGGACCUGUGGCCACGCUGCCUUUCGGCGAGGCUGCGGAGGCUGCUCAACCCGUAAGAAUCGCACGCAGCAGCACAACUGGCCCCUUUGAGCAGGUAAUGCACGUGUCCCGACCAGCCGGCGUGCUGCCCUUCGGCGAAGCUGCGGUGGCUGCUCGAUGCCGGAGAAUCGCACGCAGCAGCAGCGCCAUGAGCAGCGCGCACUUCGCCAAGUGCAUCGCAUGCUGCAGCUGCUGCACCUCCAGCGACCCAGUGUUGCCGAACGGGGUCACGUGGCCUACUCUGUCUCUAUUAAGAGCCCGCGCGCGUGGCCAACAAGUCCGUGUUAACGCUUUCGGUUUCAUGAUCCGUCGCUUUUUGUUCUUGUGCUUCUUUUAACAUUUCAAUAAAUAUGGCUUUGAUUGUCUA